GACCUGCUACCGGGAAUGGCAGCCUCAGGCCGGUGUUCGAUUGGAAAGAAGUCAGGAAGAAAGCCGCCCAGACAGAGAGCCAGGGGGCAGUGGUGCACGGAGGCCAAAAAGCACUGCUGGUAUUUCGAAGGACUCUACCCGACAUAUUACAUAUGCCGCCCCUACGAGGACUGCUGCGGGUCCCGGUGCUGCGUGCGGGCGCUCUCCAUCCAGCGGCUGUGGUACUUCUGGUUCCUCCUCAUGAUGGGCGUCCUCUUCUGCUGCGGAGCCGGCUUCUUCAUCCGGAGGCGCAUGUACCCGCCGCCGCUGAUCGAGGAGCCCGCCUUCAACGUGUCCUACUCCAGGCAGCCCCCGAACCCGGCGCCAGGAGCCCAGCCGCCGGGGCUGCCGUAUUACACCGACCCCGGAGGACCCGGCAUGAAUCCUGUCGUGAAUCCCAUGGCGAUGGCUUUCCAGGUUCAACCCAACUCACCCCAGGGGAGCGUGCCCUACCCCCCGCCCCCUUCCUACUGCAACACGCCCCCACCCCCCUACGAACAGGUGGUGAAGGCCAAGUAGUGGGGUGCUGCCCGGAGCCGGCCUGGGCGGUGCUGCGGACACGGAGGAGCCGUCGCCGGCCGCCCGCGUCCCAUCAACGCUGGCUUCCCGAACGGUCUUAGGAGCCACAAGGGCACGUCCCUCUUUGACACCCUCAGAGCAAGCACAGCCCCUCCCGUUUUCUAUAGAUGACCAAUCUCUGCA